CACCAUCACUCAACUAUGUCAGCUACCGGUAAGUACGCUCUAAUCUUUGGCGCGUCGGGGAUAUCGGGUUGGUCCCUUAUGAACCAGACUCUCACGUAUCCGACUCCAACAACUUUCCGACGCAUAACUGGCCUGUGUAAUCGACCCUUGUCAAAGGAAGAUACACUCCUUCCCGAUGAUCGGCGCCUUAAUAUCGUGCCCGGGGUCGACCUGACCGAGUCAGUGGAGGCGGUCGUCGAUCAACUGAAGUCCAAAGUUGAGGGGAUAGAAACAGUUGAUAUCGUGUUCUUUUGCGCAUACAUUCAAACACGCGACUUCGAAUCCCUGAAAAAGUCCAACACUGAGCUUCUGCGCACCGCCAUCCUUGCCAUCAGUGCUGUCGCGCCCAACCUCGAGGCCGUUAUCCUGCAGACUGGCGGCAAAAGCUACGGACUGGAAUUUCCCAAAGAGAUCAACAUCCAGCCGCCUCUCCAUGAGCAAAUGCCUCGGAUCCCUGAGCCCUGGAGAAGCAACAUCUUCUACUACGACCAGUAUGAUCUCCUGAUGGAGCUGUCCAAGGGCGCCACGUGGACCUUUUCGGAAAUCCGACCUGAUGGCAUCGUGGGAUUUGCUCCCGGCCGGAAUACCAUGAAUAUGGGGUAUGGAAUCGCUUUCUAUCUAACUCUCUAUCGGGAGAUCUAUGGAGCCGGGGCAACCGUUUCGUUCCCUGGCAAGCCGCACGGAUACCGAUCUACACAUAGCGACACUUUUCAAGACAUCCUGUCAAAGAUGGAGAUAUUUGCCUCCCUGAACCGGGAUAAGUGUCCGAAUGGGUCAUCAUUUAACAGCGCGGACGGCGAGACGGUAUCCUGGGCGCAGGUAUGGCCUGGUAUUUGCUCCUACUUUGGCCUCGUUGGCACUGAACCCCGUGACGACCGGGUCAACAUGGAGGAAUUUGUGCGUGAGCACCGUCCUACUUGGGAUCGUUUGACGGAGAGACAUGGGUUGAAGAGAGGGAUUAUUGAGCACCAGAAUUGGGGACACACUCGGUUUAUGCUAGUUGAUUUUGAUUUCGACAGGGAAUUCUCCCUGGAGAACGCCCGUGCUGUUGGCUUUAGGGAGUCCAUCGCUACCAUCGAGGGAUACACAACGGCGUUUGAUCGCAUGGUCGAGGCGAAGAUCAUACCAACGUUUCAUUAG